AUGGCUGAAACACUCCUGUUUCCAUCUCUGUUUGCUUCAACAAGGGAAGAGCAACACCUACCCUGUGCACUCAACCAAGCUGAACACAGAGGUCUUGAUCUAGGGCUAGGGCUAAGUCUGGGCUCCAUUGACUACGACCCGUGGAUCAUCAAGAAGAAGUUGACGGUCAGCGACCUCGGAGAAUUGAGCAGGCUUUUGGUGCCCAAGAGUUUAACCCAGAAACAUGUUUUGCGAUUCAUGAACAAGAGCUUGAACGAAAGGGUCCACAGUAGCAAUGGGGAACUUGUCACCGUUUACGACUGUGACAUGAAAUCGAAGCAUGAGUUGGUCUUCAAAUACUGGCCGUCGUCAAAGAGUUACGUUUUGCAAGCAAACUGGAAGAAGGAGUUUGUGAAUGUGAGGAAAUUGAAGGAAGGUGAUCAAAUUGGGCUUUAUUGGGAUGCCCGGCGUUCCAUUUUCGUAUUUUCUCUUCUUAAACGAGCAGACUGA